GACGAGCCCAUUUUACGACAAUGUCCACCAUCACCCACGAGGUUCGCGUCUCGGGUAUCGCUCCCCAGACGACAGAGAACCAUCUAAAUGAGUUCUUCUCAUUUUGUGGGACGAUUGCCAGGAUCGACUUCAACCCAGACAACAAGUCUGCCUUCAUUCACUUCCAGAAGCCCUCCGCAGCGAAGACGGCGCUGAUGCUGAACGGGGGCACGCUUGAUGGCGCUACCCUCACGGUCACCUCCGCUGUCGAGCACCAGGACCAGGAAGAAGCGCAUAACGACGGACCAAUCGACCAGACAGACAAGCCCCGCGCUGGCAUCGCUGCAGAAUAUCUCGCUAGGGGCUACACGCUUAGUGACCAUGUCCUCCAGCGCGCGAUCGAGCUCGACAACCAGCGCGGAAUCAGCAAACGAUUCCUAAGCUACAUCCAGGGCCUCGAUACCACCCUUGGCGAGAAGGCGCUCGGCCCUCAGAAGACGAUCAGCGGCAAGGUACAGGAGGCCCUUGUGCAAGCGCAGGAGCAGGCGAGGACGAUCGACCAGCAAAAGGGGAUCAGCUCCAAGGCAACAGACUAUUACUCCCGCGCGUUGGCAUCGCCAUGGGGCCAGAAGGUCAAGGCCUUCUAUACCACGACGUCGAAGCAGGUCCUCGAUGUCCACGAAGAGGCUCGACGCAUUGCGUCCCAACAGCCUAGUGCGCACAGCGGCACAUCUCACCCGGACACUGGCAUUUCGACCGGCGUCGGUUCUGCUGCCCCACCGCUUGAUCACACCGCCCAUAGCACUACCGCACCGCUCAUUCCUAGUGAAGGCGUGGAGGUACCACCGACCGGGGGCAAGACAGCUGAAGCUCCUAUUGUCCCUUGAAGGACAGAUUGAUGAACGGGCUUAACAAAGUGUAUUAUACUGAUAUGGAUAGGAGAAUAUUGUUUGUUAUUAGCCAUUAUUCACGAAGUAGCAGAACAACCCUAUGUAUC